AUGGCCUCAUUCCUGGGUGCUCUGCGCCGCAACUGGCUCAUCUUCAGGCCACCCGUGGCACCCAAGCAGGACGAUGCCAUCAAGUUUGGCAUCCUGGGGGCGGCCAACAUCGCAGACAUGGGCUUCAUUACCCCGGCCAAGAGCCAUCCCGAGGUGAUCGUCUACGCUGUUGCGGCCCGGGACAAGGCGAGGGCCGUCGCCUACGCCAAGAGCCACGGCAUCCCUGAGGUCAGGGACAGCUACCAAGCAAUCCUGGACGACCCAGCCAUCGAUGCGGUCUACAUCCCCACUCCCAAUGGGUUGCACUUCGAGUGGGCGCUCAAGGCCCUGGCCGCAGGCAAGCACGUCCUGCUCGAGAAGCCCAGCACCUCCAACGCCGAGGAGGCCGAGCUUCUCUUCCACUCGCCCCUGCUCCUGAACCCACAGCAGCAGGGCCGUCCAGCCCCCGUGCUGAUGGAGGCCUUCCACGCCUUCUUCGUCCCGGCCUGGCGGCUGUUCCUGUCCGCCGUCGACCGCCCCAGCGUGGCCCACGUCCGCGCCCGCGCCGUUAUUCCGUCGUUCGUCGCCAAGGACGACGACAUCCGCUUCGACUACGACCUCGCCGGCGGGUCGGCCAUGGACGUCGGCACGUACACCGUCAUGGCCCUGCGCAAGACGCUCGGCGUGGAGCCCGAGGCCUGUGUGGAGGCGGACCUGAAGCGCAGGCCGCCGCCGCGUGAGAGGUGCGACGACACUUUCCGGGCGCAGUUUCAGUUCCCCGGGGACGUCAUCGGCGAGAUCGAGGGAGGGCUGCGCGGGUCGAACUUCAGCCUGUCGUGGCCGACCGUCACGGUGCAACACCGGGCUGUGGUCGAGGCGGGCUCCGAGGAGGGCAAUGAGGCCAGGCGGACGCGCAAGGUUGUCUUUGUCAACUUCAUGUUCGCGCCCGUCUACCACCGUAUCGAAAUCGAGGAUGACUUCGUCGUAACGAAGAAGGGCUCCGGCGAGGUGGUGCGCAAGUAUACCAAGAAGGAGACCAAGAAGGCGUACACGUUCAAGGAGAUGGGCGUCGACGAGCCGGGCGAGACCUACUGGUUGACGUACCGCCACGAGCUGGAGCAGUUUGUGAACCGGAUCCGGGGUCGUGAAGGUAAUGGGGACUUCAUCGAGAAUGAGAACAGCAUCGGGCAGAUGAGGGCGUUGGAUAUGAUUUAUGAGAAGUCUGGCUUGGGGCUCAGGCCGACGAGCGAGUACAGGCCGUGA